AUGACCCAUAGUAAACCCCUUCCGAAGUUCGUUACCUCCGUCAAGGAGAAGUGUGCUCUCUUUGAAUCAAACUCUUCAUUUCAGCAAAACUUCAGCAUCAUCCCCGCUCCUACUCCAAUGUCUUCUGCCCUCACAUCACCAUCUGCUUUCUUCAGUCACAAUGCUUCAAGUCCGGUCCCAUCGGUUUCUAACAUUCGAACUCGACCUUUGCUACCCAAUGCACAGAUUCCUACUCGCCGAGUCACAGCACCAGUUCAACGAAAAGUAUCGCGUCAAACACCAAACGUGAAGAGCUUGGUCAAUAAGUUUGAAGCUAAAUUCGUCUUUUCAAAGAAACGCCCACCUUAUAGUCCUACCUCUGAUGAACCCACUACGUCACAAUCACUCUCCAAGAAACGAUCCAAGGAUCAUACUCGAGCCGUUCGGGCUAGCUUCAUGGGAAUCUUGAACAGUGUAAAUUCCCGAUCGCGUCCUUCAUCUCAGUUUCACGAUCCCAAAAGACUCUCAUCCCAUUGGUUGGACGAAGACACCACAUCUGCCGUGACUACUGACAUUCAUGGACAAUCAUCACACCAAAGUUUAUCCAGCCAGAUUAAAGUCAAAAAACGCCCUUCACUCAUCAACAUUUCCCGUGAUCACCUUACGCCUCAAAAGCCGCUACCUGAGCCUGUCUCCAAGGGCUUCGUCGAUGCAACUAAGCAUCAACUCGAAUUCCUCACUAGCUGUCCGACUGCACCUGUGCUACUCGAUGAACUUCCUUUCAAAAACCCUUCUCAACCUCAUGAUCAUCGCCGGGGCGAUUUGUUUCUUAGCUUGAUUCGCGAGGAAUCUCCAUACACGAGAGGGCCGGAACGAGAUACAAAUAUGUAUCGAGGCUCAAUCGGCCUGAGGCCUCCUCAACAAGUCUCUAACCAUACACUGUCUGAAAUUUCUUUCGAUCCACCAACACUCAUUCAACACACUCAAAAGAAAAGGAUACAAGAUGACCACAUUCCUCGAAGCCUCCUACCAGACUCCAAGCCGCUUCAAACGUCGCACAUCCCAGUGUCUGGAUCCAUCAAGUUUCCUACCGUAUCCGAUCCCAAACCUGACCCUCCCUCGAAUGAUAUCAACAUGAGAUGGUCUCACAGUGUACCAUCUGCUUCUUCCGAUCUCAUCCCGCUCGCGACAUUACCAUCGUCCUCUACUCGUUUCUCAUUACCCAAUUUCUCCAACUCUCACCUAGCUCGCCCUGGAAUGAUAUCAAUACCUUUUCCUAGCUUUGAAGACGACGAGGAAUAUGGAACUUCAGAACCAACUGUUCACUCUGCGCUGGACCACGGCUCAUCUCUCUGCACUGGCUCAACUUCUUACAGCCAUCUCAGCAUCGAAGACCCAUCUCACCCCAUCCAUUCUUCACAUCAACAGACCAAGCCUUUGAAACCCGCUCGACCGAAUGCACGUUCUUUUCUCAUCGGAAGAAAGUUUGAUGUCGACAAUGAGAGUUUGAACAGCUUGCAACGUCCUUCUGAAGAUGAAGACUUUCUAGGACCUAGCGAAUCUCCGACCGCGAAAGGAUCAAAAUCAUGGCUGAUGGCUGAUGACCUGACCAGGGAGAUCAAACCCUUCUCAAUGAUGCCCCGAUUUAAUCGAAGGUCUUCGGCCUCCCAAUCAGGCGCAAAAUCUCAACAGAAGCCUCAUAAGGAAGCACCCAGGCUUCCUACCUCUACGCGCACCUCGAGCAUUCGAAGGUUUUCUUUACGCAAACUCAGUGGCUCUCGACUCUCUGUUCGUCGCGAUUCCGAAGUUUCGUCAACAGCAAACUCGAUGACAAGUGGAGAUGAUUCCUGCAGGAAUGCUCUCGAGGUGGAGCGUUGUAGCGGUGUCGGUAGCAAGAUGUUCGAGUCGAGCAUCCGUCGAUUCAAAAGCAUUGUAACAGCACCGAUUAGACAACCAGAAAGUGAAGGCACUCUAAGCAAUCACCAGAUCGAGUCGCAUAGACAUCGUCACUCUUCCCUUCGCACACCCUCACUUGGCUCACUCUCCUUCAGUUCUGCAUCAGCUGGGCAUGAUGAUACUGAACACCAGACGUGGGAGCGCAAAGAAGACCCAGAACCUCUCUCACCUCCUCAAACAUCAGACGUAAGCGCCGAUCAAACUCUGAAAUACAUUUCACCACUUAGACUUUUGCAGCGUAACUACAAUAUCGAAGAAAGUCCGAGUCAAGUGAACAAACCCUGCACCCCCUCGACGGAAGCGUGUGACCUCUCUAAUAGAUCCUUUCCUCCUCUCGCUGGGCCGUCUAACGUCUCUCCCAUACAUCAGGACAUCAAUGAACUGGAAGACGAUGACACAGUAAAUUUUUCAUCCGGUGCAGAUCAACUCACGGAAGCCCCCGAUACCAUUGUGAUCCACAACUCAGCUGACAACACAGCCCGAGUGAUUAUAGAAGCUGAUGAAUCAGAUGAAGCUGUCCCCGCAGACUCUGCAGCUGACUUGGCUCGGCUCAACCAGCUGUUCCAUAGCUGGCGUCUUUUGUGCGCUCAAGUGGACGAAGAAUUGAAGUUGAGCAAAGAACGCUGGCCGGAUACUGAGUAUUCAAAAGAUAUCUUGAGUACCUUCGCGACACCCUCCACACAUGAUGCGAUACUGGAGUUUCUCACUCACUCACGCGACACCUAUCGGAAAACGUGUUCGGCUCGACGUCUCAAUUCCCGAAUGGGUCAUAAGUCGACGUAUCCUUCUAUCUCUGUCAAUCUUAACGAUUCACCAAGAUCCUCUUGUGAAUUGGAGUUAACUCCUCCUCCUAAACAUCCUUUUGGAUCUCGACCCGCCACACCUGUCCAUAUCACACAUGCAUCUCCGUCACUAUCUGCUAACAAGCGGCGGUCUCAGUACUCGGCAACACCUUCACCUGUUGUACCUCAACCACUGAUAGUGACUUUGCCAGUUCCAUCUGCAUUUGUAUCACCUGAACGCUUCAAUUCACCAUCUGAUAAACGCUCGUCCUUAUAUCGAUCACGCAACAGUUCUAAUUCGUCACUUCUGAAUCCUUCGAGUAGACCUGGAAGUCGAUUACAUAUGGAUCCACCUCCUAAUGACAGCAACAACAGUAGUUUUAGUAUCAAAACACGUAGAGCGCUUGUUGAAACUCGCAUCAAUGUGACACCAUCACCUAAACGAACUCUUAAGCUUACCAGAGUACAAAUGUUAUCAAAAUUAGAAACCGAUGGACGAUCCUCUCUGAAGAAGGAAAAUAAGUCAAGUACACCCAUCUCUGAUAGAACUUCACCCAUAUAUCCAGCCAGACCAAGUAGUUAUGCCGGAUCUAUCAUUUCAAAUAACUCUACAUCUUCUCCUAAUAAAACACUUGGUACUCAAAGUAGGAAUGCUAAGAAAGCUUGGAAACUAGGGGAUCUUGAAACAAAAUCAGUUCAUAAAACUAUCAGUCAAAGUAGUUUUUGGGAAAGCAAUGAGAACAGUUUGGUUUUAGAAGUAGAUGAUGAACCGGAAGAAGAAACAGGAGUAUUAGUAGCCUCUGGUGAAAACAGUUUUGCUGCCAAUGUACUUUUGAAUGACGGAUUCAACCCUGGUCGAAGCUUAUGUCGAUAUCCUAGUAGUCGAAGACCUCUCACAAACAAAUCGAGUGCUCGAUCAAUGGUUGUACCCAAGAAACCAAGUCUAUUCGCUAUCAAUCGGAUCUAA